AUGAGAUUUAGCCAUUAUCGAUGUCUAUUAAGUUAGAUCUAAGCGUAUUAAUGUAUGUUACUAUUUUUUUUAAGGCAAAUUAAUAAUUACAUAAAAACUCUAAAAAUAACAAAAAAACUUUUACUUGCAAGUUAAAAAGGGAUAAAAUCGUCUAAAAAAGCUUAAAAUGGUAACAAGAAGUUUUUAAAUUUUAUAUUGACUAAUAUAAUUAAGUUAGAAAAACUCAAGGAAUGCUAGAAUUAUAGAAUUGAAAUAAUGAAUGAAUAAUAUAUAAUUAAUUUUAAUAAUAUAAAAAUCAAAAUGGAUAUUUAAAAGCUGAUAGAAAUAAUUUUAGAUACAGCAAGCACAUAGAAGAUAAAAUAAGACAUCUAGAUAGUUUAAUAAGUUCUAAAUUUAUCAGAAUAGGAAUGUGAGGAAAAAAUUAUCAAAUUAAGAGGAAUAGGAUUAAAAGUAUAUGUUCUGCUCCCCUCUCCAAAAAUUCAUUAUAUUACAAAUGUUUUGACUGUUGCAAAGAGUCAUCACAUGUGUAUUGCUAAGAAUGCUAUAUGCCAGAAAAACAUCAAAGUAUUUUAAAUAUUUUAAUAUAAGAUCAUGUUGUGA